UUUUUUUUUUUUUUUUGGAGGCUGGGACGCUGUAUAUAAAGAAGACUGGCGGUGCAUUAGGUUACUGUUUUAGGCAACAACGGUCACUCACAAAAACCUCCAACCAAUUUCACCCCCUUUACAAUUUUGGCUUGUCAACAAUCGGAACCUCCCUUUAGAAUACUCAGGUGUUGGUCCAUAGAUAAUUAUUUUAUUUUUAAAGAAACAUAGCCUCCCACGAUGAUGAUGCAAACUAACAGCGAGUGCAUUAACCCCAAGCACUCCCUCCUCAAUGUCAUGAACAAGUUCAUCGCCGCCACCAACAACAUGGACGAGACCGUCAUGGUUCCCAGCCUCUUGCGGGACGUGCCUCUGGAGGAGGAAGAGGAAGGCCCCAAACUCGACAACAUCAUCUGUCCCAGCAAGCAGGGUGACAUGUACCAGCACUACCUGCUGCUGAAAUCCAUCAAGAGAGACAUGGAGUGGGGGCUGCUCCGGAGAGAGAUGAAUGGGGGAGCGGGCUUCCUGGAGAUGGCUGCCCAAAGCGGGGAAGAGAACUCUGCUGAAGACGGAAGUGACCUGGAGCAGCAGUUCCAUUACCACCUGCGGGGGAUCUUUGGGGUGCUCUCCAAACUGACUGUCCUGGCCAAUCGGUGUACUAACCGCUACAAGCGCGAGAUCGGAGGCGGAGGCUGCAUGGCUUAGCGGGAGAGGAGGCCGGCGCUUUCUCUCUCUAAAGGACUUUGCUUCUUUGCACGAGUGGUGAGGGUGAUGGCGCACUGACAAAUGAACGGAUUGCUUCCCAAGGGUGUUGGUCGAUGUGGUGUGAAGGGAAGCGUGUCUAGAUGUUCAGCCAAGCUCCAAUAAGCCCCUUAAACUGCACUCCUACCCUCGAAUACACUCCCGGUUUGAAGCCACACCGGGGCAUCUCUGGACCUGCAGGAUGGUUUUUUGCAUACCUGUAUAAAAUAUGCUGUAGUUGUACUACCCACAAUCUUAAAUGCUGUUGGUACUCCUGGUGUAUUUUCAAAUGGGAAGCUUCAACUGUAUUGAGUUUGUUUUAUUAAGUUUAUCAAAUUUAAUAAAUGCCCUCAAAAAACAAUUCCGUAUUAUUGGCUAUUCAUGUUUUAUAUGUAAUGUAACUUUCUUUAAAAAAAAUAAAAUAAAGCUUUGAUCUGUUUUAUUUGUUAGAUUGCGUAAGACCUUCCUACAGUUAGGUAGCAUGAAAUGUGUAACUGUUGCAUGCAGUGGACAUGGUUCCAAAAACAUCCUUUAAGAACAUGCUGAGAAGUAUCUUUACAUCCAAGUAUGGAGACACUUGGGCCUAAAUGGAAACUGCCUGAUGCAUUAGAACUAUUCACUAAAAGGCUUUCCAGACCAAUUCAUUUCAAGGGAGGGAUUUUGGGGUUCUCUUCCACUUCACAGUUGGUGCUUUUAAAGAACACUUUGUUUAUUUGCCUCUUCCAUAGUGACACAAAGCUACCCUAUGCUCAUUGCCAAGGCGAUCUGUUUAUUGAGCAAAUGCUAUAAAUAAAGUGAUUUGUGGCUUAUUAAACUAUUCGUUUGUUAAAGCGA